UCAUGACGUAGAGCCUAGCAACCGCGCAGGCUCGUAGCCGAGACCGUUAUGGCUGCCGCCGCCCCGAGCAGGAUGAGAGGCGCUGUACAAGCCAAGCUGCCGCCCAAGCCAGGCAUCCAGGUUCCCACGGGGCUGGCGCGGCCGCUGGUCCUGGCGGUCCUGCUUGCGUCUGUCCUCAUAUCCAGCGCUUUGUCACAGACUCACGCGUCGAGCCAGCCUACACUCCAGCCGAAUGUUUCUACUCCAGACAGGAAAGCUUUAACGUCUGAAAACCAAACCGGACCUUCUCCUUCCCAAGUCAGUACCACCCUCUCUCCCGCGACUCGCACAGAGAAAAGCAGAGUGGCGUCCGUGUCCCCUUAUUCCUCGCCUGCGACUUCUCUGUCCCAAGAGGAAGCCGACCACAACGAGGAUCCCAGCAUAGAGGAGGAGGACCUCCUGACCCUGAACAGUUCCCCGCCCACUGCCAGAGACACGCUGGACAACGGCGAUUACGGAGAACCGGACUACGACUGGACCGCCAGUCCCAGGGACGAGGAGUCCAACGAGGCCUUGGAAGAAAACAGGAGCUACAUGGAGAUUGAACAGUCAGUGCGCUCUUUCAAGACCCCGCCCUCAAAUGUAGAGGAGGAAGAUAGCCAUUUCUUUUUCCAUCUUAUUAUUUUUGCCUUUUGUAUUGCUGUUAUUUAUGUUACAUAUCACAACAAAAGGAAGAUUUUCCUUCUGGUUCAAAGCAGGAAAUGGCGUGAUGGUCUUUGUUCUAAAACAGUGGAAUAUCAUCGUCUAGACCAGAAUGUGAAUGAGGCAAUGCCUUCUCUGAAGAUUACCAAUGAUUAUAUAUUUUAAAGCACUGUGAUUUGAGUCUGCUUAUUAUGUAAUUUUAUUUGCUUGACUUUUUAUAUGAUAUUGUGCAGAUGUUUGCCAUUGGCAGUUAGUACUUAAGUGAGAGGUGGGCCUCUCUUUAUUUUGCCUCGGUGCUUUGGUAAUGAAGUAUCACAAACAAGGAGUCUAUAAUUUUUUAUCUACAUUUUUAGAGGUGAACUCAAUCAGGUGUCCAAAACGUGGAGCUAAGCGUUACCUGUUCGUUUUUAUUGUCUUAGAUUUCUUUACUGUACUUCUUCUGGAAGUGUUGGUAUGCUCCGUUUAAAGAUCCUAGACUUGUAAGUUCUAACAUAUCUGAUUGCUGGCUCAAAUUCUCUUUCUGCCACCCAGAUGCUGUUUCUUAAGCACACAUUUCUUUGUGCUCCCAAACUGUAAUUUACAAGGAUGUAUAUCAAAAUGCUUUGCAUAUAAGUAACAUUUUUUUCUUCCAGGACGGUUGCUUUAGAUAUUUUUGGAUAAUUUAUAGGUAAUUUAUUAUUGCUCAUUCUGACCACAGUUUUAGGCAACCCAUUAAUAAAUGUGUCUAGAAAAUCUGGCGCUAAAGACUGCAGUUUGCAAUGGACAUAAAUAAAAUGUUAUAUGGAAAACAUUUUUUGGGUUGAAUUACUGAGCUAAAUUGAGGGUUAGAAAUCGUGGUAAAAUAUUAAAUGCUUACAGUUGCUUUUAGUUAGCAAUUGAUUAUAGCACGGGUUCCUCUAAGUUUGAAUAAAUUUUAGGAGCCAUUGUCACUUUCAAAUUAAAACUAUGCCCGAAUGAAGUUGUUUGUGUACCUAAAGGAUAUUUGUGUGCACUGACUCGUUCUCCUCUUGUAUUGGUUUUGUUUUCUUCUUUUUUUUUAGUUAUGACUGGUAAUUAUUUACUGUAUUUAAUUUUAGCCUGUCUUUCUAGCAUAAGAAAUUGAUCGGUAUGUAAAUAUGUGAUUUGAACCGUGGGUGACUUACAAGUGUCACCACAACUUUUUAAAAAACAUAACCCUCAUACAUGUUAAACGCCACUCACAAAGGCUGGUGAGCCAGUGGGCAUGUGCUUUGUGUAGAGAUGGAAGAGGCAGGACAGUCUGUCAUUUCUCUCGAGUGGACAAUUCACUGUUACAAUAAGGAAGGGAAGCACAAUGGAAAUACACCUGAACUGUUUUAUUGCAGUAAUUUUUUUCAUAUCUGGAAUUGUAUUAUUUCAUAUUUUGAAUAAGAUUUUAAAAAU